UCCCCUCUGUAAAACGAGGCACCUCCUCCCACUCCCAGGGUGGUCGUGCGGGCUAAGCGAGACGGUUCGCGGGAGGCGUCUCGCGCACCUCCGAGUGCUGCCCCAAUAGCUACAGGGCGCCGCAGAGAGGGUCACUCUAGGACCUCGAGGGAAUUUCUAGGGUUCCUUAGAGCGAGCCUAGAAGGGCAGCCAGGGGAAUCUUCGGUGCGAGCUCUGAUUGGCUGAGCUCUCUAUGCUAACCAAUCAUCCUGCUGUUCCCCGAGUUUCCCCUCCACCUCUGCCGGAAGCUGUGGACAGCUUCGUGACGAUUGGCUAGUGUGGUGGCGAGACUAGCCAAUCAGCUCUCGAAUCGAGGAUAGUCACAGUUCUUCCUCCUCCCUAGCUGGUUUGAGUCUAACUGUCCCAAUGCAAGAAGAGCAUGGCAAUGAUUGGCUAGAGUGGUGGUCACCUGCCAAUCCAAGCUCCGACCGUGGGUUUGCGCAUCAGCCCCGGCGAGGUCCGGAGGGAGGCGGGGAGAAAAGUCAAUAGCGGAUCCAUGAUUGGCCGGAAGAGCCAGCAUCAGCCAAUCAUCUCUCGCACCUAGAUCCGCCCGUACGCACCUCCUCCUCCAGGCUGCCGACUGCUGGUCCCCGAAAAGGGGGAUGGGGAGGAAGGCAGGGAAGCCGCGUGCUGAUUGGAUGGAGCGGUGAUCCUCCGCCAAUCAGCGCGCCCCUCCUCGCCAACUGUCAGCCUCGCUCGGCAAAGAUCUGGUGGGGGCGCGUGAAGGGGCUUCCUCCGGGUGGCGGCGAGCGCGUGGCCGCCUCGGCUCAGCAUGGAGGGAGCGGCGGCGGCCACGGCGAUGAGGACGGGCGCGGGGACCCUGCCCGUCCCCGGGGAGAACGGCGGCGGAGAGACCCGCCCCCGAGAGAGAAAGGUUUACAUGGAUUACAAUGCGACUACUCCGCUGGAGCCAGAGGUCAUCCAGGCUGUGACUGAGGCCAUGCAAGAGGCCUGGGGGAAUCCCAGCAGCUCAUACCUGGCAGGCAAAAAGGCCAAGGAUGUGAUAAAUGUAGCCCGAGAAAACUUGGCGAAGAUGGUCGGCGGAAAGCCCCAAGAUAUAAUCUUUACUUCAGGGGGAACAGAGGCAAACAACUGGGUAAUCCAUUCUACCAUGAAACUAUUUCAAGAAAGCCAUCGGUCUGAAGGAGACUGGCCAGCCAAGCAGCAGCCCAGCCUGGUCAGUGGGGCCAAGCCGCACUUUAUCACAUGUACUGUGGAGCAUGAUUCAAUCCGUUUGCCCCUGGAACACCUUGUGAGAGAGGGUGUAGCAGAGGUCACUUUUGUCCCCGUCUCCAAGCUGAAUGGUCGGGCAGAAGCUGACGAUGUCCUUGCAGCUGUCCGACCCACCACCUGUCUUGUGACCAUCAUGCUGGCUAAUAACGAGACUGGUGUUAUCAUGCCCGUCUCUGACAUCAGUCGCCGGAUCAAAGCCCUGAACCAGAAACGGGCGGCCUCCGGGUUGCGGGGCAUUCUUGUGCACACGGACGCAGCCCAGGCUUUGGGGAAGAGGCGAGUGGACGUGCAGGAGCUGGGGGUGGAUUAUUUAACCAUUGUUGGCCACAAGUUCUACGGCCCCCGGAUCGGAGCCCUUUACGUGCGUGGCCUGGGCGUCGGCACCCCGCUGCGCCCCAUGCUGUUUGGAGGCGGCCAGGAGUGGAAUUUCCGACCAGGGACUGAGAAUACUCCCAUGAUUGCUGGGCUUGGAAAGGCGGCAGAGCUGGUGAAUGAGAACUGUGACAUUUAUGAGGCCCACAUGAAAAAAAUACGCGACUACCUGGAGGAGAAGCUACAAGCUGUGUUUGAAAAGAAGAGAAUCCACCUGAACAGUCUGUUCCCAGGCUCUGAUCGUCUCCCCAAUACCUGUAACUUUUCCAUCAGUGGUCCACAUCUGCAAGGUCGCGUGGUGUUGGCUCACUGCAGAAUGCUCCUGGCCAGCGUGGGGGCUGCUUGUCACUCAGACCAAGGCGACCUACCAUCACCCAUCUUACUGAGUUGUGGCAUCCCCCCUGAUGUGGCUCGAAAUGCUCUCCGGCUCAGUGUUGGCCGGAGUACCACCAAGGAAGAGGUGGACCUUGCAGUGGAGGACCUGCGGCAGGCGGUCACUCAGCUUGAAAAGAGCUCAGCCUCCUAGAAUGUGGAGCAGCCGUCCCCAUGGGGAAGGCCAUGGAGAAGGGGCCCCAGCUUUCCUUGGACGAGGAUGGGGGUCCAACUGCAGUGAAGAAGGGCUUGCCAUGAUGCAUAGGAAACCCCAGUCAAUGUGGAAGACUUUAGAAAGUCCUUUAUUUAAUGUGGAGGAAAAAAUAUAGGAUAACAGUAUCUAUGAAUGUAUAUUUUAGAAUACAUAUUUUUAUUUUUGCA